AUGGCCAGUAGAUAUCUUCCUCCGUUGGAAACGCGCUCUCUGAAUUCUACUCGGCCUCGUCGGGGUUCCUCGUUCCGCAGACGGUCGAAGCAAUCACACCCGGGCUCGUCGGAAGUGGCGGUGCAUGUGCUGUUACCAAAGAUCUUUGGUGGUCAACUUGUGCCCUCCGAGUAUGAGAGUGAGAGUGAUGAUGGAGAGGUGUCAUCUCCGGACAGCGCAGUCAUGGUGGCCACGUCCCAAGGAAUGGAAGACAUACCUUUUAUCACCCUAUCAAGUCCUGACGAGCCAACGUAUCGGCUGAGUGAUGCCCCGCCCGCAACGAGCUCGAAUGUACUUCCCGUGAGUUCAAACCACCGCGCGAGCAAAUACCCGAGAAAGGACGAUGAGAGGGUUAACACUGUCGGUGUGAUGUUGAAGCCUGCAGUUGAAUGUGAUGGAUCCUUAGCGACAGCAGCUGCGGCGCCUCGCUGUCGGCCCCGAAAUCACAAACCGCCUCGCCCAAGACUCGACCGUCGUGGAGCUCCAUACACCCCGGAUUCGAGGUCCCCAGCGGGCAGCAACGAAUCCACGCCUCGAAUGCGAUGUCAAGAUCAGAAGAUGAUCCGACCAAACCCGGCUGCAGUCAAUCAGCUCUCCGUAGCGCUUGAUCACUUCUGCCAUCUCGCGGAAGGUGACAACGUUCGAUGCGCGGUGGAUCACACAGUCACCGAGGACAACAAACCCUUUAACGGCUUUCUCAGUGGCUCAGCUGUCAAUAGGAUUGGGGGCAAACGACCUCGGGAGAAGACUAUCCUGGCGAAUGGCAAGGAACUGCGAGGCGGAGAGAUUGUCUUCAAUUAUGAACCGAAAUUGAGAGAGGCUGCGUCUUGGCGAUUCUCGAAAGGACAUGGAAAAUAA